GGGAUUUCGGGCUUCGCUGGGGCGGGGCGGAGGCGCUGGCUUUAAGAAGGGGGAGGGGACAGUGCGAUCCGGGUUGCCCGCGGAGUUCGGCGUAGGAAAUCUUCAGCUAGCUCUGGAGCGAGGAGCGAGGAGCUAGGAGAGGCGGCUCCCAACCCCAGCGCUCACCCCCGCCUACACCCUGGGCGGGCCGAAGUGUCACGUUUGCGAGUGCUCAGGAAGGAUCCGGCCCGUCUUCGGAGGCAAGCCGGUCAGGCUGCGGUUUCUGCUGCCUAUAAGGAGAGGCGAUGCCAAGCGGGUAUGCUGCUUACUAGGCAGCACCCCAUCAGGAUCCGACUGCAUUAGUAAGCCUUCCCAGUCACCUGAAGCCACCGACGGGCCGCGCGUUCCUCAUACGCACCAGCCACUGCUUCCCAGGAAUCUCAUUGGAACAGAACCAUGGGGCAUCCUCCGCUGGAGUUCAGCGAUUGCUACUUGGACAGCCCCGACUUCCGUGAGAGGCUCAAGUGUUAUGAGCAGGAGCUGGAGAGGACCAAUAAAUUCAUCAAAGACGUGAUCAAAGACGGCAACGCGCUUAUCAGCGCCAUGAGAAAUUACUCCUCUGCUGUUCAGAAAUUUUCCCAGACGCUGCAGUCCUUUCAAUUUGAUUUUAUUGGAGACACUCUGACUGACGAUGAGAUUAACAUUGCUGAAUCCUUCAAGGAGUUUGCUGAAUUGCUUAAUGAAGUAGAAAACGAAAGGAUGAUGAUGGUACAAAAUGCUAGCGAUUUGCUGAUCAAACCCCUGGAAAAUUUCCGGAAGGAGCAAAUAGGUUUCACAAAGGAGCGGAAAAAGAAAUUUGAAAAGGAUGGUGAAAGGUUUUAUUCUUUACUGGACCGGCACUUACAUCUGUCAUCUAAAAAGAAAGAAUCUCAAUUACAAGAGGCAGAUCUCCAGGUGGACAAAGAGAGACACAUUUUCUUUGAGUCCUCCCUCGACUACGUUUAUCAAAUCCAGGAAGUUCAGGAAUCCAAGAAGUUCAAUAUUGUGGAGCCAGUCUUGGCCUUUCUUCAUAGCCUCUUCAUUUCCAACAGCUUGACUGUGGAGCUCACACAGGAUUUCCUUCCAUACAAACAGCAGCUGCAGCUCAGUUUGCAGAAUACAAGAAAUCAUUUCUCCAGUACCCGGGAAGAGAUGGAAGAACUUAAGAAAAGGAUGAAAGAAGCUCCCCAGACAUGCAAACUUCCAGGACAGCCAACCAUAGAAGGCUAUCUCUAUACACAAGAGAAAUGGGCCUUGGGAAUAUCCUGGGUGAAAUACUACUGCCGUUAUGAGAAAGAGACCAAAACACUCACCAUGACACCUAUGGAACAAAAGCCAGGGGCUAAGCAGGGACCCUUGGAUUUAACCCUGAAAUACUGUGUGAGAAGGAAGACAGAGUCUAUUGACAAGAGGUUCUGUUUUGAUAUAGAAACUAAUGAAAGACCAGGUACCAUCACUCUGCAGGCUCUAUCAGAAGCUAACAGAAGGCUAUGGAUGGAAGCUAUGGAUGGGAAAGAACCUAUCUACCACAGCCCCAUAACGAAACAGGAAGAAAUGGAGCUUAAUGAAGUGGGGUUCAAGUUUGUUAGGAAGUGCAUCAAUAUCAUUGAGACUAAAGGCAUCAAGACAGAAGGCUUGUACCGCACUGUGGGCAGCAAUAUUCAGGUUCAGAAGCUGCUGAAUGCCUUUUUUGUCCACAGAAUGAGAAUCCAAGGUCUGGCUACACCCUCCCCAAAGGAACUUACAGUCUUCAUUAAUUGCAGGAAUCUUUCUGAACCUGUCAUGACCUAUAGGCUUCACAAAGAGCUGGUCUCUGCUGCCAAGUCUGAUAACCUGGAUUAUCGGCUAGGAGCUAUUCACUCCCUGGUUUAUAAGCUACCAGAAAAGAACCGUGAGAUGCUGGAACUUCUGAUAAGACACUUGGUCAAUGUGUGUGAGCACAGCAAAGAGAAUCUCAUGACCCCUUCCAAUAUGGGGGUGAUCUUUGGGCCCACCCUGAUGAGAGCUCAAGAGGACACUGUGGCUGCCAUGAUGAACAUCAAAUUUCAGAAUAUCGUGGUUGAAAUCCUAAUUGAGCACUUUGGCAAGAUCUAUUUGGGUCCACCUGAGGAGAACACUGCACCCCCAGUGCCUCCACCUCGAGUGACAGCAAGAAGACACAAACCAAUCACAAUUUCAAAGCGAUUACUGCGAGAAAGGGCGGUUUUCUAUACUUCUUCCCUGGAUGAAAGUGAAGAUGAAAUCCAACAUCAAACACCUAAUGGUACUAUCACUAUCAACCUAGAACCCCCGAAGCUGCCACAACACCUCAAACUACCUAUGCAGAGGAGUGGGGAAGCUGAUCCCGGGAGAAAGUCUCCAAGCAGGCUUAUUUCAGAUGGCAAAUUGGAGCCGUGCCCUGAGGUGGAUGUGGGGAAGUUGGUGUCUAGGAUACAGGAUGGAGGGACCAAGACUACCCCAAAGGCCACCAAUGGACCACUUCCAGGCCCUGGCCCCACAAAGACCCCUUCUUUACACAUAAAGAGACCAGCUCCCCGACCCCUGGCUCACCACAAGGAAGGGGAUACUGACAGUGUCAGCAAAGUGCGGCCUCCAGGAGAAAAGCCAACGAUCAUCCGUCCCCCAGUGAGACCCCCAGACCCUCCCAGCCGGGCAGCUACUCCCCAAAAGCCAGAACCAAAGCCAGAUAUUAUAGCUGGCAAUGCAGGGGAAAUCCCAUCAUCUGUGGUGGCUUCCAGGACCCGGUUCUUUGAAACAGCUUCCCGGAAAACAGGAAGUUCUCAAGGCAGACUUCCUGGAGAUGAGAGUUGAGGCCACAGGUUUUAAAAUCCUUGGCCUCAGGGAUCCUUUCCAGGUCCUGAAAGGGUCUACUUCAAAGCCUUGUGUCCUGAGACAUUUUGUGCUGAAGAGCAGCUCCUUCUUGGCCCUGCACCUUCAGGCUCAUGGGAAGCCAAAAAUAAGGGGCACAUGUCCUAGACACAUGUUUAUUUCUCCUUUGUAUUCUGUCUUCAUCCCCUCAGAAGGUCUGUAUUAAGCUCCUGUAACACUGUGAAUGUCUGGAUUCCCUCAAGCCCCAGACUCUGCCAAAACCAAGAUAUCCACUGACCUGAGUCGAAGAAGGGAGCCUAGUUUUCAACUCUUCCCUGAACUUCCUGCUUCCUCAAAAGGCUGUUGAACUCUCAAGAUUUGGGGCUAAAGACUGGUCUUAGGAGUCUUGCUCUGAACUAAAGGCAACUUGAUUUGGGGUCAUUGCUUACCUUGGUUGAAGGGGAGUAGGAAUGUUUGCUGAAUAUUAGAGAAUGUUAACAUGUCUCUUACUGAGGAUAUGGGCACUGGUGCCAGGUUGGUGCUCUGGCAUUGCAAUAUGUUGCUAAGAGCCUGUCUGCUGUGGGACCAGACAGCAUGGGUUAUGCCCCUCACAGUGCUCACACCCUGCAUGGACUUAGGAAGGGGGCCUUCCUGCUCUUGCCUACAGCCACUUAGGACAAAUCUGCAAAGCAUGUUUUGCAUGUCAAAGCCUAGGUCUAUUUGGAUCAUCCUUCCUGUUUUCACCUAAAAGCUUCCUUUCCAAGCAAACAAGAAAAAGUGAAAAACAAACAAAACUGAAAAUAUUUCUUUAAAAAAGGCAUAUUGUGUUUGUCAUAUUGGAGCUCCAUUCUUGAGUCAAAUGUUAGGAAAAAUUGUUAAGAUGGAGGGAAGCCAAGUAGUUAUUGCUGUUGCUUCAUGUUUGCCUUCUGCUGAUAAGCUAUUUUA